AUGACCUUAGAGACUGCUGCUGCUUCUGAGCUAGAGAGGUCCAAAGGGGAAGACUCUGGGCCCCCUGAAGUGUGGGAUACUGGAGAAAAGAUGCAAGCUACCCCACCCCCACCUCCUUCAAAAAGUUCUCAAACUGGUGUGCACUCUGUCUUUCUAGGUACCUCCAGAUCAUCAGUUUCUCGAUGCAAACCAGGAUCCAACUGCCCCAGUUCACACAGCAGCAUCAGCAGGCAACUGUCCCCUCUGUCUGUCACUGAAGACUCUUCUGCUCCUAUUCUUGAACUUCAGAGCCGAGGAUCCUCUGGAGUUUGUGGACACAGGGUUGAGAGACAGAGCAGAUCAGGGGAUGAUGGGACACAGACUCAUCCUGAGAGCAACAGCCAAGAAAACAGACUCAAGGCUCGCUGCCUAUCCUGCAUGUCCGUGGUUCUGAAGGCCAUCUGGGGACUCUUGAUCAUCUUGUCAGUGUCAUCAUCUUGGGUUGGAACCACACAAAUUGUAAAAAUUACUUACAAGAAUUUUUACUGUCCCUUUUUCAUGACAUGGUUUUCAACAAACUGGAACAUUAUGUUUUUCCCUGUCUAUUAUUCCGGCCAUCUAGCCACAGCUCAAGAAAAGCAAUCACCAAUGAAAAAAUUCAGGGAAUGCAGUCGAAUUUUUGGUGAAGAUGGCCUGACACUGAAGCUCUUUCUGAAAAGAACUGCUCCUUUUUCUAUUCUAUGGACUUUGACAAAUUACCUGUAUUUACUGGCUUUAAAGAAGCUGACGGCCACCGAUGUCUCUGCUCUGUUCUGUUGCAACAAAGCCUUUGUCUUCUUGCUCUCCUGGAUUGUGCUGAAAGACAGGUUCAUGGGAGUGCGGAUAGUUGCCGCAAUAAUGGCAAUUACCGGCAUUGUCAUGAUGGCAUAUGCAGACAAUUUCCAUGCUGAUUCCAUCAUAGGUGUGGCGUUUGCAGUGGGCUCAGCCUCUACGUCUGCAUUAUAUAAGGUCCUGUUUAAGAUGUUUCUUGGAAGUGCCAAUUUUGGUGAAGCCGCACACUUUGUCUCCACCUUGGCUUUCUUCAACUUGAUCUUUAUCUCCUUCACCCCCAUCAUCCUGUAUUUCACCAAGGUGGAGCACUGGUCCUCCUUCGCAGCUCUGCCCUGGGGCUGUCUCUGUGGGAUGGCAGGGUUAUGGCUUGCAUUCAAUAUCCUGGUGAAUGUUGGAGUCUUGCUGACAUACCCAAUCCUCAUCUCCAUCGGGACAGUUCUCAGUGUCCCUGGAAACGCAGCUGUGGAUCUCCUGAAGCAGGAGGUGAUAUUCAAUGUGGUCCGCCUGGCUGCCACCAUCAUUAUCUGUAUUGGGUUUCUUCUGAUGCUGCUGCCGGAGGAGUGGGAUGAAAUCACUCUGAGAUUUAUCAACAGCCUGAAGGAGAAGAAGAGCGAGGAGCAUGUGGAGGACCUGGCAGAUGUCAGCGUGCACCUGCGGAGCAGAAGCAGGGUCAACGGGACAGUGUCUAUACCACUGGCUUAA